UUUUCCCAGAAUCAACAACCAGAUCUGCUUUCGAAGACUCGUAGCUAUAGCCAUGGAGAAACCGUACGGAUACGCGAGCGUGAGCAUGAGCGGCAUAGAUCGUUCCGCGGGGAAGGAUAUUGAUCUUGAGAUGGGAGUCGGAGAAGCGACGCUUUACCCUGGGCUAAGUUACGGCGAGAAUCAACUCCGAUGGGGAUUUAUUCGUAAGGUCUAUGGAAUUCUCUCGGCUCAGCUUCUUCUCACGACGCUUAUCUCCGCCGUCGUUGUUCUUAAUCCUCCUGUUAACGAUGUCUUAACCGGAUCUCCUGGAAUUCUUCUCUUCCUUUGCAUCGUUCCCUUCAUCUUAAUCUGGCCUCUGCACAUUUACCACCAGAAGCAUCCUAUUAACCUGAUUCUCCUUGCCCUCUUCACUAUUUCGUUGAGCUUCACUGUUGGUGUCAGUUGUGCGAUGACAGAAGGAAGAAUUGUGCUUCAAGCCUUGAUAUUGACUCUGUCUGUGGUUGGAUCUCUAACCGCAUACACUUUCUGGGCUGCAAAGAAAGGGAAAGACUUCAGCUUCCUUGGACCCAUUCUCUUCACCAGCCUCAUCAUUCUUGUUGUGACCAGCUUCAUCCAGAUGUUCUUCCCUCUUGGCCCGACUUCUAUUGCCAUAUAUGGAGGAAUCAGCGCCUUGGUAUUCUGUGGAUACAUAGUCUAUGAUACCGACAACCUCAUCAAGCGUUUCACAUAUGACGAAUACAUCCUAGCAUCAGUGGCUCUCUACUUGGACAUCCUCAAUCUCUUCUUGACCAUAUUGCGUAUACUGAGGCAAGGUGACAACUGAAAGGCAUAAAACGAUGCUUCGGUGAUGUGAUCCGAUUUAUAACUAAAAGCAGAAUCCAAUUGUCUUUAUUUGUGUGUAUAACUGACUUCUGUUUUGGGAAUUAAGUAUAUGAUGCUAU